AUGCCAUUUGGAGUGACGAAUGCACCGACAGUAUUCAUGGAUUACAUGAAUAGAAUUUUCCGACUUUGGUUGGAUAAGUUUGUUGUCGUCUUUAUUGAUGACAUUCUUAUCUACUCGAGGACGCAGGAAGAACAUGCUGAUCACCUAAGGGUUGUAUUGAAGAUACUCAGAGAUCACCAGUUGUAUGGGAAGCUGUCCAAGUGCGAAUUUUGGCUAGAGGAGGUACAAUUUCUUGGGCAUGUCAUUUCAGCUAAGGGAAUUGCAGUAGACCCGGCUAAGAUUGAGACGGUGCUUAAAUGGGAAAGGCCUAAGACAGUGACGGAGGUGCGAAGUUUCUUGGGCCUAGCAGGUUACUACAGGAGGUUUGUGGGGAGGUUCUCAAAGAAGGUGAACCCAUUGACACAGCUGAUAAGAAAAGAUCAGCCGUUUUCUUGGACCGAGUAG